AUCUUACAUUAUCUCUUUUCAAUUAGAAAGAUUUAAAUCAAAUCAAAUCAAAUAUCAUCUUUUCCAUAAGAUAAAUUCAAAUCUUAUCUUAUCUUAUCUCUUAUCAAUUAGAAAGAUUUGAAUCAUGUCAUAUCAUAUCUUGAGAAAUCAAUUUAUUCAUAUUCAUAAAAUUAAAGAAUCUUACCUUAUCUCUUAUCAAUUAGAAAGAUUUAAAUCAUAUCAUAUUAUAUCUAGAUAAAUCAAUUUAUUCAUGUCCAUAAAAUCAAAGAAUCCCCAAAAAUAUUCUAAAAAUUCGUGUCAUGGUAGGGCUAAAAUCUAGACUAUCUAAACUUUUCAUUUUGGUCCCCAAACUAUGGAAAAAAUUAUGUUUGGGUCCCUAAACUAUUAUAACUCAUUUUUUUUCCCUAGAAUUAUGUUUAAGGUCACUAACAAUGGUUUUGGGUGUUACAAAAUACAUAAUUAUAUAAAUGAUAAUUUAAAGCACAUUUAUUCAAAUAUGUUAUUAACUUAAACGUUAGAUAGCUUUAAAGUUUUACAUAGCUUUUAAAUAGAAAGACUUAAAAGUCAUUUUAAAAAAGGGUGACCCAAACAAUCUCUACAUUGCUCGGAUACCCAGCUUAUUAAUUGUCUGUUGUUCCCAUUUGUCGUCCUGAUAUCUCUCCGAUUCGAAAGAUUUUGAUCUAACCAACAAUGGUUGAGGUACGACCAAAAACUCUAGCUUUAGGUUAUUUUUGGUUUAUCUGUCGUUAUUUUUUCAACCUGAAAACUGUGGUUGUAAUGAUCUAAAUGUGUUUCAAUGAAGUUGUUUGGUACUCAUAUUCAAGGUACUUACAAAAAAUUUAUGUUCAUAAAUUUUCUAGAACAAUGCCCUGAAAAUGAGGGCAUUACAUUAUGCUUGUAGUAGUAGUAGUAGAGUGUUGAGUUUAUAGAAAAUGAUUUGUGGAAGAAAUGUUUAAUUUGUGUGUCAUAUAUUUUUUGAAGUACAUUAAAUAUUCAACCUGUCAAAGGAAGAUACAUUAUAUUAAGGAUUUGACACCUAUUUAAACUACCUUGCUAAAGACACAUACACAUAACCUUACAUACAUGACUAAGGUAUUAGUUGAAAUGUAUCGACGAAGGCUCUAAAGAUUAAAUUAGGGAUAAAUAAACAAAUAAGAAACCCAAAUAAAGCCCGAACAUUGCACUUGCAUCGACUAAGACCAUCUUCAACCCAAAAUUUCAAAAUGGUGUAACUUUUACAUUAAUAUUGUGCAACUUUCGCACUAUCCUAACAAGUCAUCUUCAAUCCAUUACACCAAAUUUUACACCAAAUGAACAAUGUUAUUUUUAUUUCCUUAUUUCUUUAAUUCAUAACAAUUAACUUAUUUUAAAAAAUUAUUUAAUUAUUUACGUAAUUGCAGCUUAAAUAUGUAAAAAAAGUUUACACGUAUUUACAUAAAAUAUUGCAUUUAUUUAAAAAAUUAAAUACGAUAUUAUACAUAAUAUCGCAAUCUACAAGAUUUAUAAUUUAAUACGACGAGAUUCAAAAAGGAUUACUUGAAUGAAAAAAAAACGCAAAUAAAACAUGUAAUUAAUCGUGCCAUUUAAUUAUUAAAAUUAGUAUAUUUCUCCUACAAAUGUUCAAUCAAUGCAUUUCGAAGUGCAAUGUAAGUCUCUUUAUCCUUGAUUUUUCAGUGUCGAGCGAAGAAUUCUUGAAAUUGGCGCUUCUACCCAAUCUUGAAUUGGCGCCUCAACAUCAUAUUCAUCCUUGAUAAUCCAUGUUGUGCAUAAUGAUGCACACAGUCAUUAUAUCGUGUAAGACACUUUUUUGUCAAAAGCAUGACGAUCCUACGAUUAUUAGAAACCUAGAUUGUAGAAUCCUAAAUGCACGUUCUACAUCUUUUCUACAACUCUCUUGUUUCAUUACAAAAUAUUUUUUAUUGGGACCACAUGACUCACGAAUUAUUUGUACAAGAGUAGACCACUUCAAGUACAUUAUGUUUAAUAGUAACCCAUAUUAUAUUCGCAUCCUUGUAUGACGUAAUUAGCGGAAGGAGCAAUACUUUCAACUAGGUUGGUGAACAGAUUGGAGGCCUCCAAAACAUUAAUGUCAUUAUUUGAAUCGGGCAUACCGAAGUGUGCAUGUCAUAUUCAAAGAUAGUAAUUUGCUACAGUCUCGAGGAUAAUUGUUGGAGAUCCACUUCAGCCUGCAUAUUGGCCGACCCAAGCGAUUGGACUAUUUUUUCACCUCCAAUGUAUACAAUCCAGACUACCCAAUAUUUUAGGAAAACCAUGUUGUCUACCAACAUAAAGCAGCCUCACAAUGUCGUUAGCGUUUGGUGAUCUUAGAUAUCGGCCCCAAAUACCUCCACAACAGCAUAUGCUGCGACACCAUAUGCCAACAUUCGAAACACAAUAGUUAUCUUUUGAAUCGAGGACAAGUCAAGUCUUCCUAGAGCAUCAUUUUUUUGUACAAAGUAGCUGUCAUGAGUUGCGACGACCUGAAGUAUAUGUAAAAAUAAUCUCCGUGACAUUCGAAAGUGGCAACGAAACAUCCGUUCACCAUAACGUGGGUUCUCAGCAAAGUAGUCAUUGAAUAGUCUUUCAUCAGCGGCCUCCCAAUUGCGAUGAACAACUAUAUGACUAGGUUCCAAGCCUCCAUGUAUCGAUUGGUGGUGUUGCUGAUCAAGUAGAUGAGCAAGAAGGAUGUUAUUGUUAUACAAAAGACUGGCGGUUUCAAUUUGGGCAUCAAUUGUUGCUAGGUGAUUUAUAAGUUCUACUUUGCUAUCAUUAUCACUUUUGAACAACGAUGCCGAAGAAGUAGAAUAAUUUGAGAGACCUCCAAGAUAGAAGAAUUUGGGAUCUUUCAUUGAUUUUUUGCAAAUACUGAGUGCUGCAUUUUAUAGUUGUCAGAUAUUUCUUAUCCCCAAAUCUCACCUCAUUCUGCAGACUUGCAUCACAACCGUUGAUUGGAUAUCAUCAAACCUCACCCUUUAUAUUUGAUUCCUCAUAUCUAACCCUAUCUUAUCCCCAAAUCUCACAUCGUUUUGUGAACUUGUAUCACAACCGUUGAUUGGUUAUAAUUAAACCUCACACCUUAGAUUUGAUUCUCCAUAUCUAACCAUAUCCUUUCUUCAACUUUACUAUAAAAUAGCAUGCCACCUCUUCAUUAUUUGUCUUCUUCACCUUCUGCUAACCUUCAUAUUCUAUGAAAUCAACAAAAAAAUGAGUCCCAACAAACGAAGUGGCUCAUACACUGUUCAAGAAAACGUACACCUAUGUCGUGCAUAUCUAGAUGUUUCUCAAAACCCGAUUAUAGGUAUAAAUCAAACGAAAGAGAGAUUGAUUACAACAACUUACUAUUAGAGUGUAUCACUCAGACUUGACCCCUAAGAUCAUUGCAGACUCGCUACACUACUAUUUCGAAAGCUAUUAACAAAUUGCGGGGAUGCAUUCGACAAGUAAAAAAUUUAAAUCCAAGUAGUGCUUCUGAACAAGAUAUUGUAAGCAUUGAUUGAAAAGUUUGUUUUCUAAUAUUACAAGUAAUAAAUGUUAACAUGUACAUUGAUAUUAUUUUGCAAAUCGAUCGAGUCAAAAUAUUGUUGUCACAGGGUGAUCAAUACAAGAAAGGGUUUAAUUGACCAUGUCUGGCCCCUCUUGAAGGACAUCGAAAAAUUUGGAAACAACGUGUAAGUGAAAUUACCAAUCUUUCAAAGACGGUGGCAACUUUGCAUCAUCACAAGUAGAGUCUCCAACUUCAGAGACUCCUACCUUAGCGUCUCUUGGAUUGUCUUCAUUUUCUUUUGAUAUAAAUGAAGAAAAUCCCAAUGGUAGUUUGAGUCAACGACCUAUUGGGAUAAAAAGGCGAAAUCAAGAGGGAAAAAUGAAGAGUUUUCAAAAAUGAUUACAGAAAAUAUGGAAGAGCAACGUUAACUCAUUGAAGUCAUAUGUAAGGGAAUUGAGGAUAGGCAAGAAAUUUAUGAAAUUCUGAGGGCUUGAAUUGAAAGUAAUCUAAAAAAAGCCAGCGCGGUGGAAUUUUGUUCUAAAAAUAAGAUUCUACUAAAAGAUUUGAGCUCUAUUUUAGGUUCGGAACUACGCAAGUUUAUAAAAAAAUAAGAGGUUAAUAGUAGGACAAAGAACUCGAAAAUUUCUCAACUCUGUUUGGUCAUUAUUUUGAUGGUCUUAGAGGAUUCAAAAAUGAUCUACUGGAAUAUUAAAUAGUUGUCUUUCAUUUAGUCUAUGUUGCAUUUUAAUUUUCAAUGUUUACGUCGUCAUAUUGCUUAUGUUGUUCUCAACUUUCUAAGGUAGGAGUCUCUAAAGUUGGAGACUCUACUUGUGACGAUGCAAAGUUGCCAUCCUAUCUUUGAAAGCUUGGUAAUUCCACUUGCACAUUUUUUCCAAAUUUUUCGGUGUCCUUCAAGAGGGGGCCAGACAUGGUCAAACUUAAACCCUUUUUUGUAUUGAUCAUCUCGUGACAACAAUAUUUUGGUUCGAUCGAUCUACAAAAUGAUAUCAAUGUAUAUGUUAACAUUUAUUACUUAUAAUAUUAGAAAAUAAACUUUUUAAUUAAUACUUACAAUAUCUUGUUCAGAAGCACCACUUGGAUUCAGAUUUUUCACUUAUCGAAUGUAUUCUCGCAAUUUGUUAAUAACUUUCGAAAUCGUUGUGUAGCAAGUCUGUAAUGAUCUUAGGAAUCGAGUCUGAGUGAUACACUCUGGUAGUGAGUUGUUGUAGUCAGUCUCAACUCGAUACCAUAAUCUCUAUUUCGUAUGAUUCAUAUCUACUAUCGGGUUUUGAGAAAUGUCUAAAUAUACAUGACAUAGGAGUAUGUUUUCUUGAAUAGUGUAUGAGCUAUUUCGUUUGCUGGAACUUAUUUUUUGUUGAUUUCGUAAAGUGUAAGGGUUAACAGAAGGUGAAAGUGACAAAUAAUGAAGAUGUGACACACUAUUUUAUAGUAAAAUUGAAAGAAGGAUAUGGUUAGAUAUGGGUAAUCAAAUCUAAGGGGUGAGGUUGGAUGAUAUCCAAUUAAUGGUUGUGAUGCAAGUUCACAAAACGAUAUGAGAUUUGGGGAUAAGAUAGGGUUAGAUAUGAGAAAUCAAAUAUAAGGGGUGAGGUUUGAUGAUAUCCAAUUAACAGUUGUGAUGUAAGUUCGCAAAACGAGUUGAGACUUGGGGAUAAGAUAUAUUCGACAACUAUAUAAUGCAGCACUCAGUAUUUGCAAAAAAUCAUUGAAAGAUUUACCUUAUUAACCAGAAUGAAUUUUAAUCUUGGAGGUCCCUCAAAUUAUUUUACUUUUUCAGCAUUGUUGUUCGAAAGUGAUCAUGACACUGAAGUAGGACUUACGAAUCACUUAGCAGCGAUUUAUCCAAAUUGAAGCCGCUAAUCUUUUGUAUAACAGCAUUAUUCUUCUCGCUCACUUGCUCAAUCAACACCACCACCAACCAAUACAUGGAGGCUUGGUACCUGGUCAUAUGGUCAUCCAUCGCGAUCAGGAGGCCAUUAAUGAAAGACUGUUUAACGAUUACUUUGUCGAGAACCUACGUUAUGGUGAAUGGAUGUUUUGCCGUUGCUUUCGAAUGUCACGAAAAUUAUUUUUGCAUAUACUUCAGGCUGUUGCAGCUCAUGACAGCUACAUUAUGGUGAAGGGAUGCUCUAGAAAGACUCUGCUUGUCCGCGAUUCAAAAGAUAACUAUUGUGUUUCGGAUGUUGGCAUAUGGUGUCACAGUAGAUAUAACUAAUGAGUACAUCAAAAUUGGGGAGUCCACUGCUAUUGAAAGUAUAAAGAAAUUCUGUCGUGGAGGUAUUUGAGGGCCGAUAUCUGAGAUCACCAAAUGCUGAUGACAUUACGAGGCUGCUCUAUGUUGGUAGACAAUGUGGUUUUCCUAGAAUGUUGGGUAGUCUGGAUUGUAUGCAUUGGAGGUAAAAAAAUUGUCCAACCGCUUGGACCGACCAAUAUGUAGGCUGAAGUGGAUCUCCAACAAUUAUCCUCAAGGUUGUAACAAAUUACAAUCUUUGGAUAUGGAACGCACACUUCGAUAUGUUGGGUUCAAAUAAUGACAUCAAUGUUUUGGAGGCCUCUCAUCUGUUCGCCAACAUAGUUAAUGGUGUUGCUCCUCUCGCUAAUUACAUCAUAUAGGGACGCAAAUAUGAUAUGGGUUACUAUUUAGUAGGAUAGUAUAUACCCGAAGUGGUUUACUCUUGUAGAAAUAAUUCGUGAGCCAGGUGGUCUCAAAAAAAAAUAUUUUGUAAUGAAACAAGAGAGUUGUAGAAAAGAUGUAGAACGUAUAUUUGGGGCUCUACAAUCUAGGUUUGCAAUAGUCGUAGGACAGUCACACUUUUGGCAAAAAAGUGUCUUACACAAUAUAAUGACGUGUAUCAUUAUGCACAACAUGAUUAUCGAGGAUGAACGUGAUGUUGAUGCGCCAAUUCGAGAUUGGGUAGAAGCACCAAGUCCAAACGUUGAGAUGGUUGCUGAUGAAGGCACCCGAUUUCAAGAAUUUCUCGCUCGACACCGAAAAAUCAAGGAUAAAGAGGCUCACAUUGCACUUCGAAAUGCAUUGAUUGAACAUUUGUGGGAGGAAUAUACUAAUUUUGAGAAUUAAAUGACACAAUUAAUUUCAUUUUUUUGUUUGUAACGUUUUUUUCGUUUAAGUAAUCCUUUUUGAAUCUUGACGUGUUAAAUUUUAAAUUUUGUAGAUUGCGAUAUUAUGUAUAAUAUUGUAUUUAAUUUUUUAAAUAAAUGUAAUAUUUUAUGUAAAUACAUGUAAUUUUUUUUACAUAUUUAAGUUGCAAUUAUGUAAAUAAUUUUUUGAAAUAAAUUAAUUGUUAUGAAUUAAAGAAAUAAGGAAAUAGAAAGAAUACUGUUCAUUUGGUGUAAUGAGUUGGAGAUACUUGUUAGGAUAGUGCAAAAGUUGCACCAUUUUAAAGUUUUGGGGUGGAGAUGGUCUAAGAAACACGGAACAUUCGUCCUGCCUCAGUAACACGCCUUUUCUCCUUCCACUUGGCCAUUCAAAUUUUAACAUUAUGGCCAGCUGUCCUUGGUCUACUGUAUCAUUUAUCUUUGUGGAUCUAUUUUUGUGUAUCUUUGUGGAUUUGUUGAGCAAUUCGAUACG